GGAGAGAGGAAAAUAUGGCGUUCAGGGAUCGCUUUUGUUCCUCUGGCUCUGAAGUCAAUUUGAUAAGUGAAAACGAGCCAGAUGACAAUUUUGAAGACGACCCAGACCCGUGUCCAGAAGAAGAAGAAGAAAUAGACCUUGGUAUUCACGCUCCAUCGGACGAUAAAUGGUUUCAUGGAAAGCUUGACAGAGCAGAUGCUGAAAAGAGACUCACAAACAUUGGACAAGUUGGCUCAUACCUUGUUCGUGAAAGUGAUCGACGACCAGGGACAUAUUCUCUUUCUUACCUUGGUCGAAAUGGCAUCAGUCACUUCCGUGUAACAGGCGUGUGUGGAGACUAUUAUAUUGGAGGACGACAGUUCUGUUCUCUGAAUGAUCUGAUUGGUUACUACACAGCUUGGUCUUGUUUGCUAAAGGAUGAACACCUAAAGUUUCCUGUCCCACCUCCAGAACCAGUUCUUGUCAAAAAAAGAGUGAUAGCCAAGUAUACUUACAGCAAAGUACCAGAUACUGAUGAACUUAGUUUUUUCCAGGGAGAUGUAUUUGUAGUAGAUGAUGUUAUUGACAUGGACUGGCUCUGGGUGACGGCUCAGAAAAACAGGGAAACAGGUUUGGUGCCUGCUGCCCUUGUGGAGGAUGCGAAAAAAGAUCUUGAUCCUUGUGCAGGAAAGCCGUGGUUCUUUGCAAACAUUUCAAGAGAUGAAGCACAGGAGAUUCUUCACAGAGAUGGUGUUAUUGGGAGUUUCCUCAUAAGGCCAAGUGAUAAAUCUCCAGGAGAUUAUUCCCUCUCCCUCAGAGGACCAGAUGGUAUCACUCGCUUCCUGAUCAGAAAGCAAGGGAUGCAGUAUUCCUUGGGAGGGAGAAAUUUUGACAGUGUGGAUGCUGUGGUAGCAAGGUACAAGCACGAGCACAUUGUGGAGAAUCUUUCGUUAAAGGAACCUGUAUCCAGGGCCCAGGAAUGGGAUCUUCCACAUAGACCCAUGACACCGAGUAGAAAUGGCUCGUCAUUUGUACUUAGAUCGGAAACACCAGGACCAGUCAUUUUAAAUCGAACUCAGCCUGCUUUCAAGAGAGGAUUUUUAGUAAAGAAAGGGCAUCGCAACAAAUGGAAGCGAAUGUUCUUCGUUCUUGAUGGAGAUGAACAACAUUUGUAUUUCUUUGAAAAUGAAAAGAGAACUAAACCCAAAGGCAUGAUGGAUCUUAGCUUUUCUAUGGUUUACGAGGUUCAUCAAAGCUUUUUCGGCAGGCCGAAUUGUUUUCAAGUGGUGGUGCGAGCGUUUAAUGAGUUACGAAUGUUCUACCUUUGCGCCGACACACAGGAUCUGGCAAACGAUUGGAUGGAGGCGAUUAAGAAGUUUUGUGGGAAACCAAUGAUCACCAACCUAGGCGAGAGGGAUGUGAAGCAGCUACGAAGCUUGGAAGUUACUAUAGUAGAGGCCCAUAAAUUGAAUUCCAACAAAGUUUCUCACCCUUACUGCAUGAUUUCCUUGAACGAAGUCAAAACUUGCCGUACGAAGACACAGGAGGGACAUUCGCCCAUAUGGAACGAAGAAUUUAAGUUCAAUGACUUGCCCUCCGAUGUGUCUUAUUACUCAGUUGAUCUCUACAAUCGCAACAAACGCUCCAGAGAUGGUCAAGUAGGAAGUGCAAUGGUCCCACUUAACCGUUUACCCAAAGGAAAUGUACUGGAUGAGUGGUACCCACUUCUUUCGCCUUCUCACUCCAAAAUGGAGGUCGGCAGCAUUCGCGUCCGGAGUAAAUUCACGCAUGAGAUUAUUAUGCCGGUUGAAGAGUAUAAUUCACUCAAAGAGAUCAUUCUGGACAAGGAUUUACAAGCUGUGAAGAGCCUCGGUCAGGUGUGCAAGGACCGAGUGAGCCUGGCCUCCACUCUGCUUAAAAUAUUCCGUCAUGAAAGGGAAGAAAUCUUCCUACUAAAAACGAUGAACUCAUUAGAAAUAGAAAAUCAAGAGGAAGUAUCAACGUUGUUUCGCGGAACUUCGUUAACCACGACACUCAUGGACCAGUACAUGAAAAUGGUCGCUAUUCCCUAUCUACAGAAAACAAUCGGUGAUGUCGUAGCAAAAAUUGUGGAGUGUAAACAGUCUUGCGAGUUAAAUCCAGCUAAACUUGAGAAAGGCGCAGACACUGUAGUAAAUCUUAAACAACUUCUGGAGUUUUUAUUUGAAGGGGUUGAUGCGAUUGUCAGGUCACCUGACGACUGUCCAAGAACUUUGCGUUAUCUGUUUUGCUGUCUGCAGCAAAAUGUUAAAGAUAGAUGGUCCGACAAUGAAAUAGUUAGAAGCCGUGUUGUUAGUGGUUUUCUCUUCUUGCGGUUAAUUUGUCCCGCCAUAAUGAACCCAAGAAUAUGCAACAUGAUGUCAGAAUCUCCGUCAUUGUGUGCUGCUCGGACUCUGACACUUGUAGCGAAGUGUCUUCAAAACUUAGCAAACUUGGUUGAAUUUGGCGUCAAGGAAUCAUUCAUGACCCCAGUAAAUCCUUUCAUUUUGAGAAACAAGGAAAAAAUGAUAAAUUUUUUGGACGAGUUGGCGAACGUGACGCAAACUCCUCCGAUCACGGAGCAAGUGUCUUCAGAUCCAUCGCGUGAUCUUGCCGCUCUUUACGAUAUAUGUUGGACAUACAUGUCAGAGCUACAACAGCUGAGCCAAACACAGCCGGGGCUCAAAAAGCUUGUAGCUGUUACGGAAACAUUGCGACAACGAGAAGAACAAUUUCUGCAGGAAAACUUAAGCUUAACAAACAGAACGGAAAAAUUGGUGUGAAUUACCACAAUCAGUGACAAGAUGAAGUCAACUGCAGACUACCUGACUUACAUUGAGUGCAUCUCAUGUGUUGUUGGUUAAUACAGGAGUGACACGUGAGAAAUAUUUUCAAGGAAAAAAGUUAAUGCUGUCAUUUGGCU